GUGACUUGGCCAGGAAGUGCUGCUCUGUCAAUGAUUGGAGAAUGUCGGUGGGUGUUGCAGUGUUUUCCUUAUCGCCAUUGGAUUUCCUCUCCGCCGCUCAAAGCUGCUGCUACUGCGUCUCCAGGCACUUCCUGCACCGAGCCACAGUUUUCAAGGCAAGCAAGCGACUAUCUGUCGUUGUGAGAGGGGGGACAAGAUGAGGAACAGAGAUCUUCGGGAGGGAACGUGAGGUUUGACUAAAGGACAUUACCAUGACAUAAACUUAAGGACCGUCCUGGAACUGUCUCCUUGUUUGUCUUUUGUUUUGUUCCUGUUUUUUUUUUAAUUUGUUUUGUUGUCUGGUCUCCACCUGUCUUACCUGGUGUUUACCUUGUUCUUGCAGAGAACAGAUAAUGAAGUAAAUGCUUGAGUAUUUCUAUGGAUGAAACUCUAAUGUAUCACACUACUGUCUAGAGGUCUGGCCUUGUCACUCCCCUUGUCUGCCUCGCGUAUAUCACAGAGAUUAAAGAUAGCAAUAGAGGUAUCAAAGGUCUUGUCGAAAGCCUGCACUUAUCAUAUCUUUGUGGCAUUAAUUGCAUUUUGGCCAGCACUUAUCUAACAGCAUACGCUACAGAGAUCCUUACAUGUAUAUUAAUUUAAUUUAAUUGUUGUAGCCUCCUUGUCUCUAAACAAGGUGUGUUUGUCUUAUUCAUUCUUAAUUUUUUUUCAAAGCAAUGAAGAUUCAGUUUUGUCCUUUUGUGUAAUUAUUUAAAGAUUUAUUGUUAAUGUGUAGUAGCUGCUCAGCUGCCUUGUUUUUAUCACAAUAGGCAGAUUUAUGUUGUAAUGUAAGGUUUUUUGUUUGUUUUUUUUCACUUAUGCAAUCUUUGUGAAGAAAACUUUUGUCUAAACAUCUGAUCUCAUAGUGGAAAAUAUACACAUAUAAGUCCUGUUGUCGUUGAAUAUGUUGAAGUGUUGCUUUUCCACUGGCAGUAAACUGUAGAAGCUGAUGGCUCUUCUGAUCAAACUGUGAUGGGAGCUUUCUAACUGUGACACAAAGACUGGUAAUAGUUCCUAUCUUCACUGGAUGAAUACUCUAAACAGAAGAACCUUUAAACUGGAAGAAUUUAAUUUUACUCUUCAAAUGAAGACAUACAACAGAAACUCAGAAUUGACUUUUUCUGGUUGAGUUUAUUUCUCAAUUGAAGCACUAAAGAGGGACAAUGAUUUUGAGGAGAUUUCAGGGAUAAAGUUCUCAGACUGACUUUAAGAAACAUUUUUGAUUUUCCCUGCAAAUCCUGCUAUGGUGGAAUUUUCUGCCAAAUUUCCCUCUUCAAGCAUCCAGCAGUAAAAAAAAAAAAAAAAAAAGACACUUGUUAGACGGACUUUUUCCUGACAAACUGUGUCCGCUUCAGCAUUGAGGAUGCGAUCUCCAGAGCCUUCUUCACCUGCCACGGCAGAAGCCCUUCUUCAUGGCCAGUUUGCCAGCUGGGGAACUGGCAGCAACAGCAACAAUAACAGCUGCCCCAACAGCCCUGGUGGUCCAGGGGGACUCUCCCCUGCUGCCUCCCCCACUCCGGCUCCGGCCUCUAACUAUGCCUUGACCCUCACCCACACUCACAUACAUAUCCAGCGUCUGUCACCACGGCCAGGGAAGGAAGCCCGUCUCCUGCUGCCUUUAUCUGAGCUAGUGGGGUGCAGCUGCCCUCGUGCCCCCGCGCCCCCUCUCCUGGUGCUGUACUGGUAUCCGCCAGGCAAACGACGGAAAGGGGUGUCCCGGCGCAGGCAGGUGAGGGCCUACCUGGCAGAAAGCAGGGCUGAAGCUGAGAGGUGGUCGGCUGCCGUGCAGUGUCUUCUCAGAGAUGUGACCGUCACUGCUGACACAGAAUUUUCAAGAAGUCUGCUACCUCGUCCCAGGCGACUACUGUUAUUGGUCAAUCCCUUCAGUGGGAGAGGCCAGGCAAUGCAGUGGUGUCAGACCCAUAUCCUGCCAAUGAUCAGAGAGGCCAACAUCAGCUACAACCUUAUACAGACAGAGCGUCAGAACCAUGCGAGAGAGCUUAUCAGAGAGCUAUCACUCCCAGAGUGGGACGGCAUCAUCAUUGUUUCUGGAGACGGCCUGCUGCAUGAGGUAAUUAACGGGCUGAUGGAGCGCCCUGACUGGGAACAAGCAAUAAAAACACCUGUCGGCAUUCUGCCCUGUGGCUCUGGGAAUGCACUGGCUGGCUCCAUCAACCAUAAUGCAGGGUAUGACAUGUGCCUUCGGGAGCCCCUCCUUUUGAACUGCUGCUUUUUGCUCUGUCGAGGCGGUGUCAGACCCAUGGAUGUUGUCUCUGUGACGACGAGCCCUUCCCCAUCCAACAACAAUCGCACUGCAGCACCCAGGAGACUGUUUUCUUUCCUUUCUGUUGCCUGGGGCUUUGUGUCCGAUGUGGAUAUAGAGAGUGAGAGGUAUCGUGGCCUGGGCUCUGCUCGCUUUACCCUAGGCACCCUGGUGCGGAUAGCUUCUCUUCGAUCCUACAAGGGUCGUCUGUCCUACCUGCCUCCCUCUAUUUGCACCUCGUCACCAGACGCCACACCUCCUCCACCAAGGAGACCCCUCUCCCGCAGUAUCACAGAAGGCCUGGAGGGCUUCUGCCGAACGCCCAUCCAUCGCACCUGCUCUGACAUGGGCAUCAGCGAACAGAGGAGCCUGCGCAGGGGCGAGGGAGAGAGGGAAAAAGAGGAGAGGCAGAGAGAAAGGGAGAGGAGAAGGGAGAGGGCAAGGGGAGGAGGAACCGGCGUGGUGAGGGCAAGCAGCCUGGCGGAGGACAGAGAGAGGGAGGUUGAGAUGGAAGCAGAAGCGGAGAGGUCGGGGACGAGUUCAGAAUCAAAUGAAAGGGAUGAAUGCAGUAGAGGAAGGGUGGAAAGGUUGGAGGGGAUCAAGGAUGAAAGGGAAGAUGAGGGAAGAGUGGAACAAGACUCCAGUGAGAUGGAGGACGAGGACAGGGGGAAGGAUGGGGAAGGCAGUGGUGCUUCUGUUGAGGGGGAGAGAGCGUUUCAUGCAGGAGAGCUGGGUGAGAAGUGUGUGGUCGACAUAGGGCGAGAGGUGGAUGACGAGCCAGAGAGUGGUUUCACUUACCAAGAUAGCCUUAAGGAAGCCAGACAGACACUUAGAAAGAAUUCAGCCCCGUCGAGUCAGAUAGCCAAUGCUCUUUUCAACCAGCCUCUCAGUCAGGAGGGCGACACAGACUCUGGCCCUUCAUACGGGGUCGAGGACAUGGAUCUGAAUGGAACCUUCUACCAGAAAGAACCUUACCCUCUGGAAGUUGCCCGUGAGCGAGCUCUCACCAUCUCCUCUCCGUUUCGUCACUCUCCCUUCUCGUCUUACAAACCCAAGACCUUGGACCAAAACCAGAACGCCUCGCGCCCGAGGCCCCUCUCCCUCCUCCAGCACUCCCACUCAAAUUCUCUCCCCCCUAAACUCCCCUCGCUCUCCUUAUCUCUUUCUCCCACACCACCAUCUUCACCUUCAUGUGCCUCCCCACACUCCUCAUCCUACCUCGUCCCCCGUCCGAACACCCCAAAUUCCACCUCGCCGUCCAUACGCACACCGUCCUCAUCUUUUAACUUUGACAUUGCCGAGCCAGCAGGACCCCAAAAGAACCGUCCGUUCUCACUGCCUUUAAAUGUCCCUAAGGAUGACUUGUUACCCCCCCUGGACCAGCCCCUUCCUACCAGAGACUGGGUCACCAUCGAAGGGGACUUUGUCCUGGUCCUGGCCCUUUAUCAGACCCACCUUGGAGCUGAUCUUCAUGCUGCACCCCAGGCCAGGUUUGACGAUGGGCUGAUCCACUUGACCUUUGUGCGGGCGGGGAUCUCCAGAGCCACGCUGCUGAGACUGUUCUUUGCCAUGGAAAGAGGAACCCACCACUCCGUCAGCUCACCGUAUGUGAGCCAUGUAACCUGCAGGGCCUUCAGGCUGCAGCCUCUGUCUACACGGGGAACUCUCACUGUGGAUGGAGAACUGGUGCCCUAUGGGCCACUGCAAGCACAGGUUCAUCCUUCCCUGGCUCGUCUCAUCGUUGGCGACUCUGGAGUGAAGAUUACCAGAUUCUAAUCAGGGACUGGUUGAGUUGAUUGACAGAUAACAGCACUCUACAGAAUUAUAUAAUCUCUGUUGUCAUCUAUACUCUGAGAGGAGGGGGGAGUAUCUGAGAGACUUAAAAUUGCCUGGAUUGCUGAAACUGCUUUUCUGGGGUUUAAUGAAAGGGAUAACCCACCGAGCCACGCAUCAUUGGAGCAUGACUGCAGGGAUUAAUAGCAAAUUUGAAAAUGGAUGGAAAAUGCGCCUCAUUGCACAGCUGUUGGAUUACGCUCGGCGUACCCUGAGAAGCAUGAAAACUGCACAGCUUGGGAUAAUAAGAGGGAAGAACAAUCGAAUGUUUAUGGGAUUUUUUUGUGCAGAUAGUGCAUGUGUUGGAUGUAUACAUAGUAUGCAUGCAGAGAAGCACUACCUGAUUGUUGCCUUUUAAUGAGAUGGAAAGAAAUCGGACAAAUUCAGAGAAGGUUGCUAUUAAAUAUAAAAUGCUAUGAAAACACGUUGAGAUUCACUUGGGCCAACACCCCAGAUUGAAUUGGUCCAAACUCUUUAUCCUAAACCCCUCCCCAACGUCUAAAUGUUUGAAUAUGAAUACGUCCGUUCCUAAAAGGAAUGCCUUAUUUGACACUGGACAGAACAGUUGUACCUUUACCCUCUCUUACUUAUAUAAGAAACCGAAAUCCUCUUAAUCUCUAGCCACCUAUCAGAGAGUCCGUCCACUACAUGAGUACAACCUACUGGUAAACCCACCAGCCUACUGCUAUCUUUGAGCACGCUUCUUUCCCUUGUCUAAUGACCAUUUUGUUCAUGCAAGUGACUCAAUGUAGAGCAGCGAGAUCAAGCUUGUUAGGGUAAUUACACUAGUAGGAGCUAUGGAACCGUUGAACGGUGACCAUUACUGACAUUUUUACGUAAUCUGCCUGUUUUUCUUAGUCAGUGGAUGCACGAUGAUGAUGUCAAUGAUAUCAGCCUUUGCAACAUAUUGGAACAUAAAUAUUUCUGAACAAAGCGAGCUUCUUUGUCAGUGGUUUUAAACUGUUCACCUUCAAGAAAUGUUCCAGAAUCACACACAUUAGCCCUCAGCACUAUUUCAUGUCUAUAAUACAUCACUAUCUCUGAGUAAUCAUCUUCGGAAGCGUGGAGGACAUUACUUGCCUCUGUUAGGUAGGAAUGAGUGCAUUGAUUUUGCACAAUGACUGGAGUUGAAGCAGCACAGAAAAUCACAACACUAGAAAUCAUAUUAACUUUUAGAAACAUCUAACGCAGAAUCAGAUGCAGUGUUUUGUUCUAGAAAUGGAUGCACUAGUAUUAAUAGCCUAGUCCAGAUACUAUAAUAAUGGAUCACAUUACAUUCCUAGCUGAAAUGUAUUAAAUGUCUUCAAUAAAAGUUGAACACACAUAGCUUUAUGAAGGUAGGAUAAAAUCAUUUAGACCCUUUAAAAUACUGCUGUGGAGAGAUCAGGGCACAAUAUUAAAAUCCAGCAGCUCUGUGUUGUCACAUCAGACUUUUGAUCAAGAGAUAAAUCAGAAGUUAUGAGAAGAGAAAUUAUCCAGCAGAAUAGCCAAUCUGUUGAAGUAAGUGAUAAAGAAUAACAUGAGAAUUUAAGUACCUCCAAAUGAUGAUUGCAGCAGACCUUGGAGCCCUACUAAGAAAUGUGUUUUAUGAAUUAAUAGUUUUGAAAUGUUUUAAUAAAACCUGCUGAUAUACUCUGGACAAAAGGAUAAAAUCAUUAGCAUGUGCAGUGUAUCAAUCUGCAAGAUCAUGUGCCAACUGCUUGGGUCACCAUCAACAUAUUGUAUCUCUUGGUCAUGCCUGGACAAAUUAAUGCCUUUGUAUGAUAAGCCUGUAAAUUCUGGCUGUUGAUCAUGAACUGUUCAAACCUGACUGCAGAAAAUGGAGUAAAAAUCUUUGCUCACGAG